AUGGUUAAGGGAAAACCUUUAGAGAUACUAAGGCAUCUUCCCAGGGUGCCCACGACACAAUACCUUUCGUUGGAGGAACUACGUACAGACAUCUUCUUUAGUGGCUACAGGCCUAUGGUAUAUCCAGUGAAGCAGAAUCCGUUAUUUCGGAGCAGUAAAAACAUACUAGAAAGUAGCAUAGGUAAAGGACUGGGACGAGACAAGGAUAAGGGUAAUGCGGGCAAUGGAUGCAGCGGAGCAAGCUCUGUGCGGGGCCACGGAUGA